AUGAAAGAAGGGGAGGCGGAGCCAACAGCGCCGUCACCGGGGGAGAUGAAGCGGAGACUGCGGGCACUGCUGCAGCAGGAACAGCAUUGCACACGAAGAGCAUUCCUGCAGCAGCAACUGUGUCAAAUGCAAAGAAACAAGAAACCGAACACAAGUCACGAUCUUCGGGAUCUCCGCCUUCUGCAUAUGAUGUCCGUUAUACCCAAGGCAAGCAAGCUAAGACGGAGAGACCAAAAAACCCUGCUGAUGCAAGCCAGUGCACGGCAUGCGCCAGCUUCUCGUAGUUGCAACCGAUCACCCCCUGCAAGUACGCGCAGGGCAACUCCUUUGCGCAUGCCGAAACGUGAGUUGACAGAGGCAGAACAACGGCCUGCAUUGCGCGGUUCAGCAGGAGGGGACGCGGCGGGGUUGUUGAAUGAAGAAGAACCAACACAUAUCAGCCCGUCUGCUGUUCUCAGCUCGAGCUCUCCUUCGCAUGCAGGGCAUGAUGGGAACACCUGUGCGAGGAGCAGUAAUAUAGCAGUCGUCAAGCCCGAAUGCGUUGGUCCUGCUGCUUCUUCUUUGCCAGAGUGCAUCACCAUAUCCGAUAGUAGCGACGAGAACAGCAGGUGCAGCUCCCCGCCCCCCCCUGUAGUUCGGCAACAGACAGAUAAACAGGAAACCAGCGUAGGAGGCAUCUCUGGAUUACGUAGCGGGGGCCCCGCGGGUGUAUCGAGAUAUCAGCCACUGCCGACCAACGCUGCAACUGACUUUUGCAGCGGAGGAGACAACAACGGAGAGACUCAAUGCGACAACUUCAACAACGCCUCCCAAGAGAGAGACGAAGCGGGGGUUGACGCCUCUCAGGAAGGUGAUGAAGCGGGGCUUGCGGAAAGCAGAAUCGGUCCGGGAGUGGCCCCUGCUUCCUCUACGCCGGCUGCAUGCUCAAACACAGAGCGUUUGCAACAUUUAUGUUCACCGCGUGGGGCCACACAGGAUGGCGCUUCACGUGCCAGGCGUGGGAGUGACGAAGACACGACAGCGCACAAGCCGCAAGAGCGAUUCCCUGCACUUGAUGUCAGCGAGGGGGCUCUGCAGCAGCAGGACCAGCAGCAGCAGAUGAGUCAAACUGGGGAGGCUUUGGCGGAUCCCGCGACAGAUGCAACAGGGAGUAACUCUACACACAGGCCAUCAGUCACAUCUGGUUGGCCAGAAUGUGUGGUGGAUAUGCUGGGCCCCGAUGUGUUUAAUCUGCUGAAAGAAGAACCACACCUGGUGCAUGCGAGGAGCGAGCAUUCAGGUAUGUCUAUGUUUCACCACCUGUUGCGACGCCCGAGCAAAGAUGACGAACAAGUGCUAGAGCUGUUCAAAUGCAUCUACGAAGAUGAGCCAUUGAAAGAACGCGUUGCCUUGCCUCCAUUCUCUGCGCUCAAAUGCGACCGCGGCCAAACCCUGGCUUUCUAUGCUGCUGCCUACGGCCACCCGAAGUGCCUCAAGUGGAUCCUUGAACAAAUAGGUGGGGAGAGCUCUCAGAGGCAAUUUCUCGACAUCCGUGACACUGAGGGAGACACUCCGUUGCACUACGCAGUGAAGAACGGGCAUGUGAGUGUCGUAGAGCUGCUGUUGAAUGUGAAUCCAGACAUGCUCAACAGGCAACGAAACGAUGGCCAGACGCCGCUCUUCGACGCAAUCGAGAGGCCUGCAAUCGUCCGCCUUCUUCUACGGCACGGUGCUGAUUACCGAGUGCGAUGCAACAUGGGUUUGACGCCUCUUGAAAUGGCCACAGAUGAAUUGCGAUGGAAACGCCUCUGCGCGAGCCGCGGCUGCAAGAUACUGCCGAAGCGGCUUUCCUUUUCCGUUCAUCUGCUGAAGAAAGCGGAGAGAGACGGAUGGACGGGAGGCUCUGGAGGGGAGUCAGUAGAGGAUCAAAACAAUUCAAGUUGUUCUACGAGCGGCAGUACUGCGAGAGCGCCUGAUGUGGCCAACCCUGUUGAAAACUGCUCGGCGGAUACAGUGGUUGGCGAACAGGGAUCUCAACAGGAAGAAGACAUACGCAGCAUUGAUUCCCAUUUAGAACCGCAAGAGCAGAGACAGUCACAGCACGAGCAGCAACAGCAGCAGCACGAGCAGCAACAGCAGCAGCACGAGCAGCAACAGCAGCAGCACGGACAGCAACUGCAGCAGCACGAACAGCAACUGCAGCAGCGCGAGCAGCAAUUGCAGCAGCGCGAGCAGCAACUGCAGCAGCAUGAGCAGCACCUGCAGCGGACCAUCCAGUGA